UCCAUAGUGCAACACAUUAGGUCCAAUGUAUAACAUAUUAUGAUUUAUUUAUUUUAGAUAAAAUAUUUACAGCAAAGUUUGCAGAGAAGGCAUACAAUUGACAAGACUCUGACAUUGUGAAAGAUUUUACCAAAUAAGGUAAAUAUAACUAUUUUAAAGUAUCAUACAUUGUAUGUUAUAUGUCGGUCAUUUAUGUGUAUAUCUGUAUCUUCAUGUGUACUAUGUGUGUAAAUGUUUUGUAUUUGUGUACAUGUGCAAUUGUCUUCAUGUGCAUUGUAAUUUUCUUUUAUCACAGCAUAUGGUAAAAUCUAACAUCACGUUUCUUGUCACAGUUGAUAAUAAAAAUUACAGCUAUGUCUUUGACAUAUUCGGAUGUAUAUAAAAUAUUUAAAAAACAUGAGGGCACCUCCAAUUAUAUCAGGACUAUACAAAGAAACAUUUGUAACACCCUAAAUGUUGAAACUAAACAUAUGUGUCGCAUAAGCUUACUUAGGAAGAUACAGAAAAUUGUAAGGGAGUCUGAUAAAUUAAAGAAAUAUGCAAAUAAGGAAAGACUCAGAGAAUACGAAAGAAAAGUGUUUGAACUACCAAAAUCAAAGUCAACAAAGAAAGACGCUGGAUCUCCCAUGGAUUUUACUCCAUCAACAACUACAUCUGUAACAUCACCCACAAAACUGACUUCAUCUGCCACUGUGUCGUCAGCCUUGGAAUCGUGUUCACCCAUCAACAACUGUACAUCUUUGAAGCUUGAAACAUCACAGAAUAUAACCAUCAAACAUUUACAAAGAGAAAACAAAAUGCUGAGAGAUAGAAUUAAGAACAUCAAAAUUAGAAAUACAAAUAGAAAAAUGAAAAGAUAUUCAGAAAAAAUAAAGAAAUUGCAAGACAAGGUUGAUUUUUUGGUUAAACAGAAAGAGACAAAAGACAAAUCUGUACAGUGCAAUACUCUCCAAUCCUACAUUCAAGAUUUGAAAGCAGAUAUAGAUGAUUUAUUAUCUGAAAAAGAAAAUUGUAUAUCUGAUGAAAAUGUUAUUACUGUGAAUAAAAAUGUUGAUUUUAAAGACUGUACAAAGGGUAAGCCCUACAAUUUUAAAUUGCGAAAUCUUUAUUAUAUUUUUCGUAGCAGAAAUAUUGGGUUGCAACAUAUUUCACCUAUUAUAGAAGCAGUUUUAGAAAUUUUUAAUAUUCAUGUUCAGAAUCUUCCAUGUAAAAGUACAGCAGCAGUUUUAACAAGUGAAAUGGGUGUUGUUGCUAGAAAUCAUGUUAAUGAAGAACUUUGUAAAUCUGAAAAUACCACAAUGCAUAGAGAUGCAACAACAAAAAAAGGGAGACAUUUUUAUGGUGUACAAUUUAACACAGGGGAAAAACUUUUUACUGCAGGUGUGAGAGAGGUGUGUGAUGGUAAGGGAGAAACGUAUGUGAGUGCUGUGAAAGAGAUUUUAUCUGACAUUGGAAAUGGGGACAAUAUUUUAAACACAGUUUCAUGUUUUAUGACUGAUAGAAGUGUUACUGAGCAGAAAGUUAAUAAUAUUUUAUCCAAAGAAGUUUCACAUGAUGUUCAUUCUUUUAAAUGUGCCAUGCAUCCACUUUUACAAUUUUCUGAUGUUUGUGUGCAAGAAAUUUUUAAUAUAGAAAAAGAACUUGAUGUAAAAUUUGAUGGUUAUACAAGUUCAUGUAAAGAGCCAUUUACAAUGUUUGUUUUAAGGUGUGUUUCGAAAUUAUUUUUUAAAGAUGGGACUGGUGAUCCAAAUAUCUCCAGUGUUUUUAUGAAAAGUCAUGGUGUUGACAGAAUCCCUCUCAUGAAUUUUAGAGGGAACAGAUUCAAUUUGUCUUUUUACAAUGCUGCUGGUACUUUUUUUAUGCACAAACUUGUUUUACAAUAUCUUAUGGCUUUGAAAAGUUCAUAUACUUUUAUUCAGAAUUUUAUUGUUUUAUCUUUGCAAAACAAGGUUAUUUUAACAAUUCUAAAAGCUCUUGGAAUUUUGUGUAAAAUUAUUACAGAACCAUAUUUGGUAAAAGUUUCAGAAAGUGGGGAUAUUUUAAAGAUGGACACUGUCUUUCAGAGACUUUUAUUCCUUUUAAACUCAUUUUAUGAAAAUCCUUCUCUUGCAAUGAAUCAUGAAUUAAGAUUUUUUUAUGGGCCACUCUUUAAUGAUGAGACUGCAGAAUUUUUAUUUGAAAUGUCUUUUAAUGAUGAUCUUACAUGUGUAUUUUUGAAAAAGUUUUCUUGUGUUUUAAAGGACAAAGUACAGAAACUGUUUAGUGAAUUUUUGACAGGUGGGAAGUAUUUUAAUGUAAAUUGUGAAGUUUUAAAAGAAUGUUUGUCCUGUACUUCAAACAAUAUAUCUGUGGAAAGAAUAAUGGGCCAAUUAGAUUUUAAAUUACAUGUUGCACCCAAUUCAAAUGUAAAUAAUAUGGAGAGUCAAAUUAUUUUUAAUGGAAAUAAAACUAAUGAGUGGCUAGCUGAAAAAAAUGAAAGCGAGAAGAAAUGUAUCAUUGACAGUUCAAGGAAAGAAAAUAGAAAAUCUAUGGAACUAGAAAAGAAGAGAAAAGAACAAUUAUUCAAAAAGCAUUUAUAUUUAUUAAAACAAAGAGAGGAGAAAACAAGGAGGAAGAAGGACAAACGGACUAAAGAACUAGAUAAAGCGAUUGAAAACUUGCAAACAUAUGGAUUAUGGGAAAAUGAAGACACCAUCAACAAAGAAUUGGAAAAACUGAAGACAAAGAAAGAAAAACUGUGUGCAUUAAAAACUCAAAUCAAUAUAUACAAGAAAAUUUUUAAUAUAAGCAAAGAUCAUAAACAUUUAUUAAAUUUCUCUUCUAAAGGAAAGACCUUUGAUUUUAUCAAGUUGAAAGACAAUCUUUUAAUGCUUUUAAAUAUAAGGAAGUCAGAAGUGGAUGUAUGUGAUGGAAACCAAGUGACCUCAAAAGAACUAAUUAAUAAAGAAAUAAUUCUUACAUGGAUGGAUGACAAUGGUGAAAACAUUGAAUGGGAAGGAAAGAUUUUAAGUUUCCACAAUGGAGUGUUUAAAGUGCUGUAUUGGGAUGAUAAAGAGAGGAAGGAGAGCAGCGUCUUUGAGUUGACAGAAAGAGAGCUCAAUACAGACAGAAAAGACGGGACUUUGUUCAUCAUAGGAGAAUCAACAAAAUUGGACCAUUCCUACACUGCUGCAUGACCAUCUAUUGAAAAGGACUAUACAGUAAGGACAGGUAACUCUUUGCUCCUUAAUCUGAGUAUAUUAGUUUCAAAACAAAAUUGAGAUAUCUCUCUUUGAUCCCAAACCUGCUUAGAAACGUUCAUAAUAAGUAAUGAUUUGCAUAUUUACUCAGCAAU